GUUUUCGUCGGGAAAGCGCUGCGUCGCUGGUCAACGGCGUCGGAAGGGAUUGCAAGAACCUCCUCCCUGUCGAGUCUUCGGGUCCGUUUGACUUACCUCGAGCAAUUCUCCCCUCGGGGCAUGACAUAACCCCCCUCCCUUCGUCCCGCUGUCCAGGAUCACAUACUUAUAGAGAGAGGGAUGAUUGAACUCGGCCUGAGUCGCAUUUCCCGUCUCGUCCAGCAGACAUCGCUGAACUGGCAGGCCAUCCAUAUUGCCGGAACAAAUGGCAAAGGCUCGAUUAGCGCCUAUCUGUCCCAUCUGCUGACGUCCGGGGGGGUUCGCUGUGGCCGGUUUACGUCCCCGCACCUGGUCGACCGAUGGGAUUGCAUCACCAUCGGCGAAAGAGUGGUCCAGGAAUCUCUCUUCCGGCAAGUCGAGGCCCAGGUCAAACUGCGGGAUCAGGCCCUGGGAAUUGGAGCGAGCGAGUUUGAGCUGUUGACCGCAACGGCCUUUGAGAUCUUCCAUCAUGAAAGGGUGGAGAUAGGGGUGGUGGAAGUUGGCAUGGGCGGUCGGUUGGAUGCGACCAACAUCCUAAAGGAUGUUCUCGUGUCGGUGAUCGCGAAGAUAGGGCUGGAUCAUCAGAACCUGCUGGGAAACACGAUCGAAGAAAUCACCCGAGAGAAGGCCGGGAUUUUGAAGCGUGGGGUUCCGUGCGUGGUGGACGGGACCAAUUCCCCUGCGGUGAUUACUACUCUCCAAGACCGUGUCAAGGAGCUGGGUAUCGACGCAACCUACACUCGCCCGGAGACUCCCAAUGAGCACGCUCCGUCGCUUGGCCAACUCUUCUCCAAGCUUGAUCUCUUGCCGCAUCAGCAGGCCAACGUUUGCUGUGCUGUAUCGGCCCUCAAAUUUGCCCUACCAAAGCUACGCCCCGAUCUAGGGGUAGAUUCGCUACUACCACAUCUUUCGAACGUCGAGUGGCCGGGGCGCUUGCAAAGUAUCUCCCUGGCGCCUCUCAUUGCUCGAGAAGAACCUAUUCUACUCGACGGUGCGCACAAUAGCCAGUCUGCCGAAGUCCUUGGGCAGUAUGUGGAACGCCGGCUACGUCCGCAGGAAGGGAGCGUUACCUGGGUCAUUGCAGCAUCGCGUGGGAAGGAUAUACCCGAGCUAUUCGGCUCCAUCAUCAAAGAAGGCGACCGUGUCGCGACGACGGCAUUCGGGCCGGUUGACGGGAUGCCGUGGGUCAAAGCAGUUGAACCCGAGGAGCUCGCUACCUGCGUUCGGUCGUUCUCGGGCAUCGGAAAAGUCCAGUCAUUUGGGACGGACAUUGUCGCUGCCAUUGAUUGGGCUUCGAAGGAAGCUAAUGGCAGUCCGAUGGUCAUUGCUGGCAGUCUUUACCUUGUAUCGGACGUCCUCCGUCAUCUGCGGGAGGCGAAGAAACAGCCACGAGCCAUGGUCCAGUCUUAGGUAUAGUGGUGGAAGUAUUAGUGCUAAUUCCGACGAUGAUUAUCUCAGUCGCAGCAUUGGAUUAAUGUGUAUAUAAUUUAUUGGCGUUCUGCCAACCGUCGUAAUGUAGCAUACAGCGAAGAAUUGAGCCUGGAGCAUGCUCUAUC